GUCCCGCCGGAGCUGCCGAGGGGCGCCGAGGGGCAGUGUGGCGCCAUGAUUAACCCCAACUAUUACCCGUGGGGCUACGACGGCGACAACGGACCAGAUCAGUGGCACAAAAAUUACCCUACUGCCAAAGGACGCCAUCAGUCCCCCAUUGAGAUCAAUAACAAAGAAGUGCACUAUGACCGCUCCCUGCUGCCGUGGUUUGCUAGUUAUGAUCCUGGCGCAGCUAAGACCAUCCUCAAUAAUGGGAAAACCUGCAGAGUUGUGUUUGAUGAUUCUUUUGAUAGAUCAGUGUUGAGAGGUGGGCCGCUUCAGGGGGUCUAUCGGCUGCGUCAGCUUCACUUUCAUUGGGGUUCAUCUGAUGACCAUGGCUCUGAGCAUGUUGUGAAUGGAGUGAGAUAUGCAGGAGAGCUACAUUUAUUACACUGGAAUCCAAAAUACAGUAAUUACCUUGAUGCUGUGAGAAGAACAGAUGGUAUAGCUGUUUUGGCCAUUUUUUUGCAAGUAGGGAAAACACCCAAACCAGAGAUGAAAAGAAUUCUUGAAGAAAUAAAUGCUAUCAAAACAAAGGGGAAAGAAGCUCCUUUUCCAAACUUUGAUCCUUCAAUUCUUUUCCCUAAAUCCCAUGACUACUGGACAUACCAUGGUUCUUUCACUACUCCACCUUGUGAAGAGUGCAUCACUUGGAUUGUUCUUCGAGAGCCUAUCAUAGUCAGCUCAGACCAGAUGGCGAAGCUCCGUACCUUAUCAAAGAAUGCUGAGAAUGAACCUAAUCUUCCCCUUGUCGAUAACUGGCGCCCAACUCAGCCUCGGUAUUUCAGGAUGGUGAGCGCAUCAUUCCUUUAGGACCUGGCUCAGGUUUAUUGCCCUUCAGUGAGGUGAUCUCUAGAACUAGGAGAUGGUCUUGCUUUGGAUCCUCUGUUGCAUUUUACACAGGACUCCAGCUGUAGGUUUGGAGGCUGAAACUUUGAGUUGUGAAAUGGGAAUUUCACUUUCAGAGGAUAAAAUUUACAUUUGAAAAUCCUAUUAUUAAAAUGGAAAUAAAAAAUCUGUUUGGCUCUUCAUAACUGCUUUAGCAUUAGCUUUUGUUAUUAGUGCGAAGGAAGAAAGAAGAUGUUACUAAUGAAUAUAAAAGCAUUUCCUAUUGCCUGUGUCUCUUGGUGCUUGCCUUAUUACAAACUAAAGAGACUGCAGUUAAAAGAAGUAAUUGUUUUCAAAAUAAAACCAUAUUUUUCAGUAAUUGUUUUCAGAUUAAGCGUGUUCUGCUCUGAGCUGCACCAGUUAUGCACAUUAAUAAAUGAGAGCACUGUUGAUAUUUGAUAUUCAUAUAAAAUAAGUAAGGAUAGCAAAUUGCUACAUUACCAUUGAUUUCAAGAUCAGCUUUUAACUUGAUAAAACAAAGGACAGGUGUAACAGGGGUCUAUUCUGAAAACUGUAUUAACUAAAUCAUAUUUAGAUAAAAUAAUAGAAUUGAGGAAGAGCUAUUUCUAUCUGUGUCACAACUGGUUGUCCAUAUUAAAAGACUAAUUUGUAUUUCAGCGUUAUAGCAAUCAAAGUGACAUGGAUUUUGAGAACUUCAUCUUUAUAUCCUAAAUGCGUAUAUUUUCUCCAUGUAUGCUGAGAGCUUUUCUCUGUUAAAAGAUUGUUAAGACAGCAAAAGUUCUUAAUUUUUUUAGUGCUUUUUUGAGGCAGAUUUUUUGUUCAUGUGCAAAUAUAAUUGAUUCUGCUAUUAAUGAGAUUUGUGCAUAAAUAUCUGAAUCCAGAGUUUGACUCUUCUGAUCAAAAGGCAGUAGACAAAGGUGUUCUUUCUCUUUUGUUUUGGCCUCAAGAGCAAUGGAGCAGGAUUGUAAGCCUAUAGUUGAGAUAACAGCAUUUCUGUAUUUAAAAAUCCAAUGUUAAUAAAUACAUAUACUUAC